AUGCCACCCAACAACCCCCUCGACCUCCUCAUCUGCUCCACCUGCGGCACACAAUUCUCAACCCCGACCCAAGAAAACCUCCCCUCAUGCAAGAUCUGCGACGAUCCCAGACAAUACGUCCCCCCAACAGGACAAGCCUGGACAACCCUCACCGAACUACGCAACUCAAAAGACCCGUCCUACAAAAACAUCUUCACUCCAGACCCCAUCCUCGGUGACCGGUUGAUCGCCAUCCACACGGAACCGAGAGUCGCGAUUGGGCAACGGGCCUAUCUGUGUCGCAUGGACGUGCAGACGCCACUACCACCACCACCACCACCACCCCCGGGGAGUAAAGCAAGGGGGAAAGAAUCUGAUGGGAAAACUACAUUCAAUAUCCUCUGGGACUGCAUCACAUAUAUUGACGACGAAACCGUGUCCGAGAUCAAGAGGCUUGGUGGGAUCGAUGCGAUAGUUAUAUCGCAUCCGCACUAUUUUACGACGCACGUGGAUUGGGCGGAUCUCUUCAAGUGUCCGGUGUAUCUUUCUGCUGAAGAUAAGGAGUGGGCUGUUAGGAGGGGAGAGGCGCAGGUGCUUUUUGGGGAAAGCUCACUGUCUUUCUCUCCCCAGGGGGUUUAUGGCGGCGAUGAUGGGAGGGCUGAUAUUGUGGCUAUAAAAACGGGUGGUCAUUUCCCUGGCAGUACGGUGUUGUGGUGGAAGUCCUUGAAGACGCUGUUAAUCGCUGAUACGAUUGCGGUUGUGCCGAGCGCGAGGUACUGGGUUGACCGUCCGCCUGGGACGGCAUCUUUUACGUUUAUGUGGUCAUAUCCGAAUAUGAUUCCGCUUUCUGCUGAUGAUGUACAUGGCAUCUGGAAGGCCAUCAAGCACACGGAGUUUGAUAUCACCCGGGGCGCUUUUAUCGGGAUGGACACAGACACCGACAGCAGAAAGCGUCUUCUGGAUAGCGCUCAGAUAUCUGUCAAGGCAAUGGGCUACUUGGAUCAUGCUAUUCAUCAGGAAGAAUGUCUUUGA